AUGGACGUCAAGAAGAUCACGGACGGCAACGAGUAUGCAUCCUUCUUCAAGCAACUGCUCGCAACCGCAGAGCUCGCGGCUCGGCGGAAGGUACGCCACUUGCAGUGGAUGAUGAUAUCCGCAAUGAAGCUCGAAACCCAUCAUCGCGGCACCAAGACGCUGCUUCGGGUCCUAACGCCUCCGGAUAGAAUAAACGCGGUGAUGGCUGUAGUCGAGGACCAAGAGGGCACUGCGGUGUUGCUCCAGCUGUACCACCUACCCGAGGAGACUGUGGUACCUGCCGACCAUGUCCUUUGCAAGGACCGGGUCUGCAUUCUCAAGGAAGCCUUCUUCAAGGCUACCACAGAUGGUACCUACAGCCUCAGGGUGGACCACGUCAACGACAUAAUCUGGUUGGCCGAUGAUGAUGAGCAUAUACCGGCGAAAUGGCGACGACAGCGACUUGCCGUCCAACAGGCAAGCUUGGAAGCACGGAUGCAGGGAAAUAAAGCUGUCAGUAACAAUGACUGGGCCAAGGCAGAGCGUCUUUACUCGUCUGCUAUCAGCGCCGCAGAAACCUCCGAGGAGUCGAUGCUAGCUCUUCUCAACCGCUCACUGGCCAACCUUCGACUUGGGCGUUUCGAAAAUGCAUUGUCCGAUGCUACACGAGGCACCGUAGACAAGGAACCCUCCGAGUCCGAGAAGGCACUCUUUAGAGAAGCACGGGCUCUCUACGAGAUGAGAAACUACAAAGAGUGUAUGGGGAGACUUGUAGUUUUGACCAAGGAGUUUCCAGGCAACAAUGCGGUGAAACCGGAGCUGGACCGCACGCAAGCCCGACUACGGGAACAACAGUUCGGGGAGUUUUCAUUCCGCCGUAUCUACCAGCAGGCCAAGGCUAAAAGCCCCGUCAUCGACUGCGCUACAUACUCGGGCCCUGUGGAAAUACGACCAUCCCCUGGCCGAGGCCGCGGCCUCUUCACAUCUGCUGCGGUCGCGGCGGGUGAUCUGCUUGGCUGCGAGAAGGCAUUCGCCUACAGCUACGCGGGAGACGACCAACCGGAAGGCAUCCGCAAUACCACUCUACUGAUGGAUGUGGCCUCCAAAAGGUUCACUGUCGGUGGCCAGGCUCAUCUCAUCUCACAAAUUGUGCAGAAAUUGCUUCACAAUCCCGAGUCUUCAAAGGAGUUUCUUGACCUGCACCCGGGGAAGUACCAAGCUGUCUCUACUAGAGAGGUCGAUGGUCGACCAGUGGUUGAUUCGUUCCUCGUCGUCCAAAUCAUCUUGGCCAAUGUCUUUGGCGCUCCCAGAACCAGCCGCUCCAGCUUCCGAACCACCACUCUGGAACUCAAAAAGCCAUCGACCAGCCACACAACUUGUGGCAUAUGGAUCCUGGCGUCGCACCUGAACCAUUCAUGCGUCGGAAAUUGUCGUCGCAGCUUCAUUGGCGACAUGCAAAUCAUACGCGCAACGCGGGACAUCCCGGCGGAUACCGAGCUGUUCUUCAGCUACCGGCAUGCCGAGACCAUGGCUUCGUAUACCGAGACUCAGAAGAAACUGGAGAACUGGGACUUCAAGUGCGGGUGCGCGCUCUGCCUUGACAAGAAGGUUACAUCAGACGACACCUUAAAAAGGCGCAAAGCGCUGCUGUCCCAGCUGAAAACCGUCAUGCGACCUUCUAUCAACCCUAGAUCAGUCGACACCAAACGAGCACUGGCAGUGCUGGAGAAGAUGGAGGCAAGCUACGCGACACCUGUGAGGAAGGAGCCGUCCGCGGCCGACCUGAGCUCCUCGGCACUCGCGACGGUCCAGAUAACUCCGCGCCUCGAGCUUUUGGACCCCUAUCUUGGGCUCGGCCGCCUUUUCCUGACGAUAGGCAAGCCGGCCGACUCUGUCAAAGUGACAGUCAAGUGCCUCGAGGCAUUGGGCUUCGUGAUCAAUGCGCCUCCGCCAGGCUCAACAAGAGCCAACACGUCGCCGCCAAGCCAGCUCGUCCUCGAGGCCUGGGGAAUGGUCGACGACCUGGUGGUUCUGGCAUUCAUGCAACUGUUUCACGCUUACAUGCCGAAGUCCCCAGAGCUUGCGAGUAGGGCCCGCGAGUAUGCUGCCACCGCCUACAGCAUGAUGGUUGGCGAGAAGGAGACGGUGUUCGAGGAGAUUCCCGAACUCUGCUGA